AUGGCUAUCACGAUCCCGGAGCUGGACGACCUCGUCCGCUCCUUCUACGAGGGCCGUGGCGAACAGCAAAAGCAAGCGCAAGCUGCACUGAACCAGUUCAAGGAAGACCAAGAUGCCUGGCUUCUCGUCGACAAGAUUCUCUCGGAAGCGACCUACCCCCAAACGAAGUAUCUGGGUCUUCAGGUGCUCGAUAAUGUGAUCAUGACGAGAUGGAAGGUCCUCCCGAGAGACCAGUGUCAAGGUAUCCGCAACUUCGUCGUGCAGUUCAUUAUCCAAUGCUCCAGUUCCGAAGAGACGAUGAAGGCUGAGCGCACCCUGCUCAACAAGCUCAACCUCGUCUUGAUUUCAAUCUUGAAGCAGGAAUGGCCCCAUAACUGGCCCACGUUCAUCAACGAGAUCAUCACGUCGUGCCACUCGAGUCUCUCCAUCUGCGAGAACAACAUGGUCAUUCUCCGCCUGCUGUCCGAGGAGGUCUUCGAUUACUCCGCCGAGCAAAUGACUUCCACCAAGACGCGAAACCUCAAGACGACCAUGUGCGCCGAGUUUUCCCAGAUCUUCACCCUCUGCCAGGAGGUUCUGAACACCGCCGACCAACCGAGUCUGGUCAAGGCCACCCUCGAGACAUUAUUGCGCUUCUGCAACUGGAUCCCUCUGGGUUACAUCUUCGAGACCCCCCUCAUCGACACGCUGCGAACGCGAUUUUUGCCCGUGCCCGAGUUCCGGAACGUGACUUUGCAGUGCUUGACGGAAAUUGGCGGUCUGCAGACUGGUGGGCCUGGACAACCUAAUUCGUACGACGAGCAGUUGGUCAAGAUGUUCACCGAGGUUCUGACCACCAUUGCAACCAUUAUCCCCAUCAGCCUCGAUCUCAAGUCGACAUAUCCCAACAGCAACUCGAGGGACCAGGAAUUCAUUCAAAACCUGGCUCUCUUCCUGUGCAAUUUCUUCGGCAUGCACUUGAACCUCAUCGAGAACCUUCCAAACAGGGACUUUCUUACCCACGGUCACUACUACCUAAUCCGCAUAUCCCAGAUCGACGACCGUGAGAUUUUCAAGAUUUGCCUCGACUACUGGCUCAAGCUCGUCCAGGAGCUUUUUGAGGAGAUGCAGCAGCUUCCCAUGACCGAGCUGAACCCUUUGAUGGGCAUGGCUGGCGGCAUGACUGGUGCUGGCGCGCCGAGCCCGUCGGUGCUCAACAACUACCCCCUCCGCAAGCACAAGUACAACGAAGUUCUUUCGAACCUCCGCACGGUCAUGAUCGAGAAGAUGGUCCGUCCCGAGGAGGUUCUCAUCGUUGAGAACGAUGAAGGAGAGAUUGUUCGCGAGUUCGUCAAGGAAAGCGAUACCGUGCAACUCUACAAGACCAUCAGGGAAUGCCUGGUGUACCUGACUCACCUGGACGUCGUCGACACCGAGAACAUCAUGACGGAGAAGCUCGCCCGCCAAGUCGACGGUAGCGAGUGGUCGUGGCACAACUGCAACGUGCUUUGCUGGGCCAUUGGCUCAAUUUCGUUGGCAAUGAACGAAGAUACCGAGAAGCGCUUCCUCGUAACUGUGAUCAAGGACCUCCUCGGUCUCACGGAGAUGAAGCGUGGAAAGGAUAACAAGGCUGUUGUUGCGUCCAACAUCAUGUACAUUGUUGGACAGUACCCCCGAUUCUUGAAGGCGCACUGGAAGUUCCUCAAGACCGUCGUCAACAAGCUCUUUGAGUUCAUGCACGAGUCUCACGAGGGUGUCCAGGACAUGGCUUGCGAUACAUUCAUCAAGAUUGCGAGGCAGUGUCGUCGCCACUUCGUUGCGCUUCAGCCGUCUGAGCAGGAGCCCUUCAUUGAGGAGAUUGUGCGUAACAUGCAUAAGAUUACAUGCGAUCUGUCCCCUCAACAAGUCCACACGUUUUACGAGGCCUGCGGCUAUAUGGUGGCCGCUCAAGGCAACAAGCACCAGCAGGAGCGUCUUUUGAAUGACCUCAUGGCCAUCCCUAACGCCGCCUGGGAUGAGAUCAUCAAGCAGGCUCGGAUCAACCCCAUCAUCCUUCAGGAUGCCGAAACGAUCAAGGUCAUCGGCAACAUCAUGAAGACGAACGUCUCGGCUUGCACUUCAAUCGGCCCGUACUUCUACCCCCAGAUCGGCCGCAUCUUCCUCGACAUGUUGCAGAUGUACCGCGCCACCAGUGAACUGAUUUCCGAGGCGGUCCAGAAGCAGGGCGAGAUCGCCACCAAGAUGCCCAACGUUCGUGGCCUGCGCACGAUCAAGAAGGAAAUUCUCAAGUUGGUUGAGACCUACGUGGAAAAGGCUGAGGACCUGCAGUCCGUGCGCCAGCAAAUGGUGCCUCCUCUGCUCGAGUCGGUGCUCGUCGACUACAACCGCAACGUCCCCGGAGCUCGCGAUGCUGAGGUGUUGAAGGCCAUGUCGGCCAUCAUCACCAAGCUUUCUGCCUUGAUGGAGGACCAGGUCCCGAACAUCAUGGAGAACGUUUUCGAGUGCACCUUGGACAUGAUCAACAAGGACUUCUCCGAAUUCCCCGAGCACCGUGUUGAGUUCUUCAACCUUCUCCGGUCGAUCAACCUACACUGCUUCCCUGCCCUGCUCAAAUUGGACAACCGCCAGUUCAAGUUUGUGAUCGACUCAUGCUCGUGGGCGUUCAAGCACGACAACCGCGAUGUGGAGGCUGCGGGACUUAACAUGUGCCUCGAGCUCAUCAACAACAUCGCGGACAAGACUGACGUCCAGACCUCCAACGCCUUCUUCCAGCAAUUCUUCAUCACGAUCCUGCAGGACGUUUUCUUCGUCCUCACGGACAACGAUCACAAGGCCGGAUUCAAGACACAGUCCAUGGUCUUGAUGCGGAUGUUCUACUUCGUGCAGCCCGCUGAUGGCACUGCGCCGAAGAUCCAGGGCCCGAUUUACAGCCCUGACCAGGCCGCUUCUGGCACUUCGAACAAGGAGUUCCUCGCUAACUUCGUGGCUAACUUGCUUCGCGGCGCCUUCCCCAACUUGCAACCAGCUCAAAUCCAGACUUUCGUCGAGGGAUUGUUCACGCUCAACACCCAGUACGACAAGUUCCGCCUGAACUUGCGCGACUUCCUCAUUUCUCUAAAGGAGUUCGCCGGGGACAACGCGGAGCUCUUCCUGGUGGAGAAGGAGCAGCAAGAACGGGACGCCAAGGCGGCCGAUCUCGAGCGCAGAGGCAAGGUCGGCGGUCUCCUCAAGCCGUCGGAGCUGGAGGAUGACGAGUUGUGA